AUGAAGGCUCAUGACUAUGAGUCCGCUCGCGAACAUAACAUGUACUACCCAUUUUCUGGGAGGGAGGAAUGGGAACUCGCCAAAUUUCUCAUCGAGAAUCUGAAUCAGGGGCAAAUAAGUCGCUUUUUGAAGCUAUUAUGGGUGAGGUCAGAAACACGGCAACAACCCACAUUCAAAACUGCGCCCCAACUGAUAACCUUUAUGGACGCCCUGCCAAAGGGACCGCAGGGGCGCUGCACAACAAUCGAGACAGAUGGUUAUGUUACAACGCAUCCUGUGCAUCUUAUCUGGCGUGAUGCUUUGGAGGUAACGAAGCACAUAUUCGGCAAUCCAAUUUUUGCCAAUGACAUGGAAUUCGAUCCAUAUGAGAUAUUUGUUGAUGGAGAAUGGGAAUAUGGUGAAUGGAUGUCGAGUUCGCGUGUGCAUGAUAUCCAGGCUUGUAUUAUUUUUUAUGACGAGCUUCCACGAGGUGCUACCAUUGUACCCAUUGUUCUUGCAUCGGACAAAACUCCAGUCACUCGACACACAGGAGGUCUCGAGAUGCAUCCCACAUUCCUUACCAUCACUAACAUCCGAUCUGACAUUCACAUGAAGGCUACAGCUCACGCAUGGUCGUGCAUCGCGUAUAUGCCCAUUCCCCAGUACAUUUGCAACCCCGAGUUCUCUUCGCUCUUGCAAGCCCGUGUGUGGCAUCGGUGCAUGGAUAUAGUCUGCAGGAAUCUCAAGCAGGCUGCCGCUGUAGGCACAAGUAUGGUGGACCCAUUGGGUCUCUUACACUAUGGCUUUACCCCCCUUUGUAUCGAUCCCUGGAAGGUCCAGGAAUUUCAAGAAGCAGCCAAAGUGUCACAUCUCAGCGGGGUGCAGCUUCCCUUCUGGCGUGACUGGCACUUCGCUGAUCCAGCUAUUUUCCUUGCACCUGAACUUCUCCACACAUGCCACAAAUUUUUCUUCGAUCACAUUCUCAAGUGGUGUAAGGAAGUUGUUGGGGCUGAUGAACUUGAUACUCGCUUUUGUUCGCAGCAUAAACACAUUGGAACCUGUCACUUUGGGCAAGGUGUUUCGCAUGUCCAGCAGAUGACCGGUUGGGAACAUCGGGACAUCCAACGCACAAUUGUACCUACAAUCGCAGGUGUCGUCGAUCCUGAUUUCGUCCGUGCUGUUCGUGCACUGGUUGAUUUCAUCUACAAAGCACAGUCUCCAACUUUCACUCCAAUGUCAAUCGCUGAUAUGAUCUCCUCACUCCAAGAGUUUCACGACUUCAAACAUGCAAUUCUCCGUGCCAAGGCUCGCCGAGGAACAUCGGGUCCUAUUGAGCAUUUUGAAAUCCCAAAACUUGAGCUCUUAGCAUCAUUCGCUCGAGCCAUCCCCCAGCUUGGCUCCAUCAUACAAUUUACUGCUGAUGUCAGUGAGCGUAUGCUCAUCACACAGUGCAAGAAUCCAUUUGAGUGCACCAGCCACCAACGUGCAACGUUCACUCAGCAAGUUGUCCGUCUCCUGGACCGGGAAGAAACUGCACGCCAGUUUGACCUCUACACCCUCCUCCACUCAAACAGCUUAUCCCUCAACAACCUGAUCAUCAAUGAAUUUGACGAAGUUGUUGACAUGGACCCGAUGUUGGGUUGGAUCAUGCGCGUCGCUCCUGAAGAACUGUCUCAUCUGCAAGGCCCUCGCCCUGUUCGCAACCAUUUCCUUAAAGGCCUGCUGUCUGAAGACAGCAGGAUCGCCUUUCAUAUCACUGUAUCCAGUGACCACACCAACAAGACACCGCCUCUUCCUGACUUUCCUCUGAAGCUUCGCUCCUUCAUUGAAAGUGUCAACCCUAUGCUCGCAACUCGUUUCCAGAACCGUCUGCUCAAUGUCUGGAACAAGUUUCGUAUUCAGCUGCAUUCGAUGUUGUGUCCGCGUCUCGUCAUGCCGAGCCAGCAGGUACAAGCAUAUCCACCAUCUACCAAUUAUCCUCGUGGAAAUUGCGAUGCUGUCCUGCUGCAGAUGCACAGUGAAGGUGAAGAAGACGCCAUUGUAGCUCAAGUUUGCAUGGUGUUCGGCUUGUCAAAGAAAGGCCCACCAUUGCCUCCUGAACUUGAUCAAAUCUUCCUCUAUGUACAGCUCUUCGAAGUCGUCGCACGUCCUCAAGAUGAUGUUGGAGUCAUGAUGUUCCACGUCAAGUGCCGUUUUGUGACCGGUCCUGAUGGCACACAAGUGUGGGUUGGCAUGAUCAUUCCUCUGCUCGAUGUUACCCAUGCGAUCGAGCUCAUUCCUGUUUACGGGGACAGAGCUAAUCGUGCUGUUGACUCCUCGACGUGUUUGGAACGCUAUGAUACCUUCUACCUUAACAAUUUUUCAGACAAGGAAUGGUAUCACACGCUACACACAGACUUUAUGUAG